AACAUCUUGUGUUGAAUUUUUUUUGGUUAUGAUCAGGAAAGAUAAACAAAAUUCCUAAAUUUUCUAAGUAUAGAUAAGUUAAAUGGAUAACAAAUGUAAAAGAGCAAAAACAAGCGAUGAUAACUGUACUUCAUUCGCAGAAACCCCUUGCCAACUAUCUGUACAUAAUUCGCAGUACGUUCUGAAAAUCCUGAAAGAUCUGUAUGAAGAAAAGCGAUUGUGCGAUGUUUACCUUAAGGUUGGUGAUAAAGAGUAUGGGGCUCACAAAUUGAUUCUUAGCUCGUCAAGCGAUGUGUUUCAGGUAAUGCUUAUGAAAUCAGAUUGGAAUGAAAGUCAUCAAAAUCAAAUUAAACUGGUUGAAGUCCCUCAAUGUGAAAAAGUUUUUCCCUCAUUUUUACAAUAUUUUUAUACUGGAGAAUUGAUGAUAACACACACAAAUGUACAGCCCCUUUUAUCUUUAGCAGACAAAUACAUGGUGAAGAGUCUAUCUAAACUAUGUUUGCAAUAUAUGUAUGAUCAUGUGUCGCAUGCAUCAUCUCACAACCAGUUGUUCUCGUGGCUACAAUACUUCCAGUCUUGUGGCCACAAGGAAAUGGCAAGAGUUUGCGAAGAAUUUAUCAAACUGAACUUUGAAGCAGUUGCUAACUCUGCUGAUUUUGUCAAUUUGGAUCCUGAAAACAUGGUUCCUAUUCUGAAACAAGACGAUCUUGUAGUUUAUAAUGAAGCAAUGCUGUAUAAGUGUGUGGUUAGAUGGUUGAAUUUGCAAAAAUCUAAAUUGGAAGAAAAUGCAAAGUUGGGAAAUGACAACACUGAAGUGGACAAAGACGAGGAACUUACCGAGUACAUGAAUUACCUCACAGUAUUAGUAAUGCAACAUGUACGUUUUCCAAUGAUGAAACCACGAGAGAUAGCAGACUUAUUACGUUCGCCGUUGGUGAAGGAAAACACAGAGUUUUUCAUGGAAAGAAUGUCUAUCAGUGUGGAACUACAUUCAGGAAGCAGAGAAAACAUCGAGGCUUCUUGGCUCGAAGAAAAUCAGCAUCUGAUCCAACCCCGUUUGUACACUGCGGAAAACUAUAGCGCAAUCAUUUGGAUCGAAGAUUUCACCUCCCUUCCCAAGUUCCACGUAGUUUCAUGCGAUUUUCAAACCGACUGUUCGGUGUUCGAGGAUCGAAAUUGUUCAGAAAGAAGCAGAUGGGUGGCGCAUUUUCACCCGAAAGGCAUCUUGUUCGAUCCCUGCUACCUCAUCCGUUGGCAAGGUCGUUACGAAAUACCGGAGAAGGUUUUGCCCACCGUUAGACUGAGUAUAUCGAGCAAAAGACUGUGCAAACCGGGAAAGUUCAAAUUUUCGAUUUUAGUUUACGGAGUUAGAGGAGAUAUCGAGCAUGUGAUGACUGUUAAGAGCGAAAUUCAUUACAUAACCGACGUUAAUAAAUAUAUCAACAUCGACAAUGUCAUACCUUUUCAAUUUCUUAAUCCCUCGGAAGGGGAGACGCAACACGAUUACGACAAUACCAACUUCACUGGUAUGCACAGUAAGGAACUCAAGUUGCAGAUUAUUGUGACGAGGAUUUCUUGACCGAUAACUCCAUGAAUUUUUGGAUGAAGAUACAUAUUUAGAUUUAUGAUAUGUUGAUCAUAUCAUUAUUUAUAUUGGAGAUUAUUUUAUUGUUAUUUGAUUAUAUUUGUUUUUUGGUAUUAUCAAUAGAUUUUCCAUAUUUAA